AUGGCGGGUGCAGCUACUGCGGCGUUUUCUGCAGAUAUCUGGAGCUCAUCUGCUGUAGAUGCGAAUCAGCAGGAAUGGGAAUUUGCGGUUCCUGUGAGACAGGGUAGUACGAAUCGGCGCCCCCAGUCACGCUCCCGCGAUUCCGCCCACAGAAGGUCUCGUGACUACCAUUCGAAAGGCUCGAGAAGCUCGUCCAUGUCCAGACAGGCCUACGCAGACGACGGUCAUUAUUCUUCCCGCGGGCGACGCGAACAUAGUCUAAGCCGACACGGUAGCGGGGCCGGAAACCUGCGAGAUACCAAUGGAUACGAAGCGGCAAAUCGAGGCGGGGGUAACUUGAGGGAUUCGACAGAUACGCAUCAUUCGAGUGGACCUUACAAGGGCAGUGAGAAGAAGAAGAAGAAGGACGGGGCCGGGCUGCAUCUGGAUGAACUAGACAGUGCCAAUUGGAUUCACCGCGAUAAGCUGGCUCGUAUUGAAAGCGAGGAGCUGCAACAGGCGGCCUAUCUGUUCCAACGGCGGCCUGGCCGGGCGCGAACCCAUGACUCCCACAACAGCGGACUCAGCGGGUCGACAUCUGCACCAGCGACGACAGAGCCGUUGGAGCCAUGGCCCAAUGUGCACGAUGGCCAGCGGGGUUUCGCGGCCUCUCCAAGCCCCAUGGAUGGCGAUGACAUCGAGGAGGAUGAGGGGGACGACGAGCGCAGGCACUGGGACCUUCGUAGACCAGAGGAGAUUGCUGCGCGAGAUCAGAUGGAUAGCGCAUCGAGCAUGUAUCGUAAUCCGGGCCUGCGCAAGAGCUCUUCCCGCAUCCCCAUUCCGACCGCGAGUCCGGCACCACUCUCGCCUGAACAUCUGGGGCGGGAAUUUCCCGCUGCACGCGCGCGCGGGCUCACGAACGGCGACGAAGACGGCAUGUCCUUCGGCAAACCGCGCAGAGCCAGCGAGCCGAUGCCCGUGGACUCCACGGACUCGUCUGCUGCGCCGUCGAUGGGGAGCCGGCCCAACAGUCGCGGCAUACAGACCUUGCAGAACUCCCCGGCCAAGAAGAACCCCCCAGGCAAAGGUGCAGCAGCGACCAAUCGAAAGACCUCUGCACCUACUGCCAAUUCCCGUAAGGUGACCGGACCGAGGAACCGGACCGUGUCCACCAAUUCGCAGCGUCCGACAACACGGUCGGGCGACGCCCGCGUGCCCAACCCGAUCAACCGCCCCGAGGGGGAUCCUCCGUGGUUGGCGACCAUGUACAAGCCGGAUCCUCGACUGCCACCGGACCAGCAGAUCCUGCCCACCCAUGCCCGCCGGAUGCAGCAGGAGCAGUGGGAGAAGGAGGGCAAGACACCCGUGACGUACGAUCGAGAGUUUGCUCCGCUGGCUAUCAGCCCGGACGAUCAACCUCCCGCAGUCCGCAAGGAGGCAGAACCCGAGAAGGUGGAAGAGGAGAUAGAGAAGCCUCCGCCGUCACCACGAACGGAAAAGCCCGAGCCGCUGCUCACCUCACCCAGAAAUCCCGAGUCGACCACGCGGCCCAACUCGAGCACGGGCUACAGCCCCAUGCCGCGACUGCAGGAGAUGCCGUCUGCCUCUCAGGUGGGUUUGACGCCGAAAUGGAACCCGCCAGUUGUCACGGCGCAGGCUCCCCCACCUAAGGAGAAGGGUUGCGGAUGCUGCGUAGUUAUGUGA